AUGUCAACUCGACCCGACUCCGCGGCUUUGCGACCGCCACGAGCUCGUCGGUCUAUCGCUCAUGUCCCGCGGUCUAGGAUGACGUCUGGUUUGGACAAGGAGAAUGCGACACUUGAAAUUGGCGCAGCUCAGCCAUUUUCGAAUAAUACAAAGCCUACUAUGAAAGACAAGAAGUCUCGGAGCAAGAGUUUGGGGCCCGGUGGACUUGAUGCCCUCCAGAAUUCGAACGGCAAUCGUCGCCAGUCUACGGCUUCUUUCCCACUAAAGUCUAUUCUCAAACCUACAGUCCCUGUCUCUCCAGUGCGAACCAUCCCGUCAUUUGAGGAAACGCGCCGACGUACACCAGCUCGUAGUAAACAGCAGACACAUGACGGCACGAUGGACGGACAGGGCCAAAGUGAUCAAGGGAAAGAGGGUCUCUUGAUUGACUUUGAAACAACACCAGGACCUCCCACUGCAGAUAAUGACAAUGACGACACGGCGAACCCGUUUGAUACAUUUAAUGCGACUUCUGCCAUACGCGAGGAGAUGGCUGCUACCAAGGAGCGCGACGAACAGGAGCGCAAAGAUCGUGAACGACAAAAUAUUUUAGAGAAACGAGCGGCGCGGAGGAAAUCAAUGGCAAAUCGCCGAGUAUCCUUUGCCCCCGAGGCAACUCUACACACCUGGAACGUGGUGGAAAUUCCCGACGACUCAACCUCCUCCUCUGCCGCCAACUCAACAAGACGCGCAUCUGCUGCCGCAAACUCCCAGGACCAACCUGCCCCCGUCUCGCCCACUAAAGAUGCCCCGUCUUCGCCAGCAGAGUCGGAAUUCGGAUUCUCCCCUGUCCGCACACAAGAUCUGGACCAGAUAAGAGGUCGCUCAUCAUCUGGGGGUGGCGACGAUGGCGCCCAUGAUCUAUCUUCUAGUCCGUUCAGCGGAAGCUCAGUAGGAAGCGAAGACACCGGCGCCCAAAGCCUAGCUGGAGAAGAGGACGAUGGCGAUUCUCCAGACUCCGACGAUGGAUUUGAUGCCGAGAGUACUGCAAUGAGCAUGGAUGAUAUGACGGCGCGCUCAGGUAUGAGUGUCCAAUCAGACGCAACUUCUAGCUCAAGCUCUAGUGCCAGACUCAACGAAGCACUGCGCCAGGCCGCACAGGAAGCAGGAACCGAACUUGAUGAGGACGGAGAGAUGUCAAUGGAAAUUGCGGAUCAAGAAAUAACCGGUGCUUUCCAACCGUGGAUCAAAAAGGGCCAAAGACAGAGCUUUGACUGGGGAGAUAUUAGCACGCGACAGGAUGAGGAGAACCUCGAUCCAUCCAAGGAUGCCACUUCUCAAGGAUUACCGGAAUCAGAUGAUAUCGACGAAGACCUCAGCAUGGACGUGACGAAUGCCGUAGGACGCAUUCUUGGCAAGUCUCCCGGCCGUCGCCAGAGCACGGCUCGUCGCCAUUCCGUGGCAGAAGAAUCAAAUUACGGGGAUCAGACUAUGGAGAUGACCAAUGUCGUCGGUGGCAUCGCGCAGGAGGAUUCGCCAUCAAAAUUUUCAGAGAUUGGCAACGAGGAUGAAGGAAUGACAAUGGAAUUCACUUCGGCCGUUGGCAAAAUCUUGGGCAACCAGCCUACUUAUGCCUCCAACUCUGAUCACAUGAACUUCGAUCAAGACAAUGAGUCUGAUGAUGGUAUGGACAUGGAGAUGACUGGUGCGAUUGGUGGUAUCCUACAGUCAGGGAUCGAAGCCAAUGACAAAGUGCACGCGAAGAUGAUAAUGGAGCUCGAAACCGACUCGGGCCAGCUUGCUAGCUCGCCUUUCCAAGACAAUGUUCGGCAGUCUCCUGCCAAGUCCCCUGCUAAAUCACCUCUGGCUUAUCAAAUUGCUGCUGUUGCAUCCGAAAAUGGGAGCCCCAGUUUGGCAGCUGUGCGAGCUAGGCCUUCCCGGCGUAGCUCCACUCCAGGAUCAUCGGGCACGCUAGGGUCGGCCAGCCGGCAACGAUCACCAAACACGAAGCCAUUGACUCCGCCCAAACAGUCCACCCCCCAAGCGAAACCUACCACCCCAAGCAAGACACCUCCCUCCAGCAAUGUUACUUUUAGAAGUGCAUCACCAAAGAAGCUCUUCCAGCCCGAGCUCCAGCAAUCAGCAGAUAAGCGCAAGUCUCUACGCCAAAGCCUGUUCGAGCAUAACAUAGCAACGGGAGAGUCAACCCCGCUCUUCAAGUUGCAACCACGCGAGGGCCGUCGCUCUUCUGGUCUAGGAAUUGACAAAGAAGGUCUUGGAUCUCCUCGCGUGGCGGCCUUACUUGACAGGCGCCAGUCGCUUGGAGAUAGUACGCCCCAGUUCGUUCCGCAAGAACAGCCCCGAUCCGGUGUACGCUUCGAGGAUCCUCUGCAGAUGCAGGCUGAAGAAGAACGUGAACGCGAAGAAGAGGAACUCCGAGAGGACGGCCAUAUCACAGGGUCGCAGUCAGAUCGGGACGUAACCCCAAGCUUGAAGGAUAUGAUUUCAAAUCUGAGCCCGAAGAAGACUAGGAUUGGCAGUCGCAAGAGUCUCCAUGUUGGGGCUGCUCGCGGGGUUCUGGGCAAGCGCCCGGUCGAGCUGGACUUAGAUGAAGAUGAAGUCGAGAAUUCGCCCAAGCGACUCCGUGGCCACAAUGUCAGCCCAGUCAAAGGUGUCAAGUUGCCAACACCGAUGUUUAGGGAAGGCAAUGUUCGUCGGUCAAUUCUUUCGCCCGUCCGUAGAGCUGCUAGCUCAUCGCCUCCCAAGGGCAGCACCACGCCUUCCCAGCAACCACGGAGUGCUUCCCAGACGUCGACAACUCCUCUCAAGCAUGGAAUUGAUGCUCUUCAUAUCGCUUCUGAUCCUCAACGGCCGGAAGAAGAAGAAGAUAAUGCUCCUAUUGAAGAACCCCCUGUAGAAAUUGAGUCUAUUCAGUUGCAGGACUUCCUGAAAAUGACCAAUAUUCAUUUCAUGGAACUUACUACGACAAAGAGACGACACACCACUGCCCCUGGCAGUGCCACCAAGAAGCUGACACGACCCUCUGGUGAGAACAUGCCUAAACCAGGCUCCAUAACAUUUGAUGAUUGUGUAGCAGCUGGCUUUUGCACAGUGCCAAUGCUUGAACUGUACCAGCAUUCAUGUCGGGAGUUGAAAUCCUACAUCUCUGAAGGCCGGCAAGUGAUCCGCUCUAUUGAGGCGGAAACAUAUGCCGAGAAUCCAGCUCUCUUCAAGGAGUAUGUCACCGCUCCGCCAGAUAUCCGAGUCAUCAUGGACAAUCAAUUCCGAAACGUCAAGACCCAUGCCCGCCUGCUGAGUAAGGCCACAUGGUACGAAUGGCGGAUGAAGUUGCUUGAGGGGUUAAAGGAAGGGCUCAUCCGCCACGCGGACGAAAUGAAAGCAGACGACGAUCUGCUAUCUGAACGAGAAGAGUUGCUUAACAGGAACGUGCCGCUACUCGUGGAGAAGCACGCCUCUCUCGAGCAAGAGGCAACCAAUCUACAACAGUUGGUGGAUGAGAUGGAGAACUGUAAUCAAGAUGAGCUACGCAGUACGCGCAGCAAGCUCUCUGAGGUGGACUCCGAAAUUGCAGCCAAGAGACGGGAACUGGAGCAGUUGCAGGAGGAAGUCCAGGAGAAGACGACCAUCAUCGAGGCCGGGGCGGAAAUGCGGGAUGAGUUCCUGGCUCAAAUCCAGAAGGCAGAGCGCGUGAAAGAAGAGUGCCGUGGCUGGAGUGCCCGGGAGAUCAACGAAUUGAAGGCCUCCGUCCAACGAAUUCAGCAACAAACGGGCUGGUCUAUCGUUUCGGCCUCAACUCCUUCAGAUGCCGAGGGACCUCUAUUGAAGAUGGCUUACCGGGACCAGCUCCAACUAGAGUUCUACCCUGGAGCUUUCGCCUCCAAAAACAACGGUCAAGACGAGGGAAAGAACUACCCGAUGGAACUGACUUCCCAAAAGAAUGCCAACAUUUCUCCCAUUGCAUCCUUGGUCCUCCACUCGCUGCAGCACCAUCUGACUACCAUCCAGCAAUCCACUGUCGCACCCAAGCAGCUCUUGCGCUUCAUCUCUAGCGCAUGGGACCGCACAGUUGGGCUUGAAAACGAAGCGCGCAUGCUGGAAUUUUGUGGUGUCACCCGCCUCACCCUAUCCAAGCCUGAUGAGGGCUCUCUUUCUUUACGCACACGCUGCACGCUUCUCGGCAAUGCCACCGUCUCCACACCUGGCCGUAAAGGCGCUGCCUCGAAGAACAGCAGUGCCAAGAGAAUCGAUGUUGACUUUACUGUCCGUACCCGCAUUGAUAAAACCAAUGCAGAGAACACCAUCGGUUUCUUGGACUUUGAUAUUGACGUUCUGGCGACGAAGGUCUACGGUUUCGGAACAGGCAGCAAGUCUGGUCUUUCAAACAAGGAGUUGCAAAGCAUUCUUGGCAAAGGCCUUGGUCGGGAUAAGGACGGUGAUGUCCAGCUAGGAAACGGCGUGUGGUGCAAGGCAGUGCGCACGCUCACGGGAUCUGUGUUUUAG